UUGACGUUUAUGUGCCUAACCUCAAUUUAAAGCAUGGAUUCAUGGAUAUGAUUUGAAGCAGAUGGAUAUCCAUGUUUAUGUUUUCAGUCCUACUGAAUUAAAGGAUAAACAGCGUUUCGAAUUUUUUAAACGUUAAGUUGCAAUAGACAAUUUUAAAUAAAAUUAUAUCAUCACACAAUAUAAUCAUGGAGUUGCAACAACAAACAUCACAAGAAAAUUCUGCUUUGAAGGCUCUACUGAAUAACCCCCCAAAACCUCCAGCUGUACCUGUUCCUGAUUGGACUGCUCCCGUGUCAGUUACAUCUAAUUCUGAACAAAAAUCAAAUUCCACAAUGCUUGUUACAAUUCCUGGAGGAGUAGCUGGGGAGCCACACACAGCGGUUACCUUCCAGAAUUGUGUUUCAACAGUUGCGUUACGCACAGAACUGAACUUAGCGUCGAUCAAUGCGAGAACAAGGAAUUCUGAAUAUAACCCUGCAAGAUUCCAUGGAUUAGUUAUGAGAAUUCGUGAACCAAGAGCAACAGCACUGAUUUUCAAAUCAGGAAAAAUAGUGUGUACAGGAGCGAGGAAUGAACAAAGCAGUCUUAUAGCAAUGAAGAAAUUUGCAAGAAUCAUACAAAAAUUAGGUUUCAAUAUUAAGUUUGAAGAAUUUACUAUUCAAAACCUAGUGGCAACAUGUGAUCUCAAAUUUCCUAUAAAACUUGAGAAUUUGAAUCAAAUGCACAACCAGUUCAGCAGUUAUGAACCAGAAUUAUUUCCCGGACUUAUAUAUCGUAUGAUCAAACCUCAUCUAGUCCUGAUGAUAUUCGUAAAUGGAAAAAUUGUUUUUACUGGUGCUAAAACAAGAAGUGAUGUGAAAGAAGCUUUAGAUAAUAUAUAUCCAAUACUGAGAAGUUUUCGUAAAAGUUAAUAUUUCAAAGUUGCGAUAUUUGUUUUUUUACAUUUAAUGUAAUAACUGUUAAUACUAGUUGACUUUUGUAUUUUUAUUACUAUUUAUUAUUGACUGUAUUCCUAUUUAAGUUGUGAAAAAAAAAUAUAUAUCUUUAUA